AUGACUUCGCCCAUGGCUAAUAAGACCAGUCGUCCGCCCGAGCCAGCCCGUCGCAAGACCGUGUCGGGGACCAGCUCGGCCAACUCCACCCUCAGCAUAUUUCUGGGCGCCGCUCGGAAUCGGAAUUUAACUUGGUUGACGACGACUCCUCCCGACAAGAAUCCUCGUCCUCCCCGCCAGCGCGACAAGCCGGUACAAUUCCCGGAGCCCUCACCUUCUGCUCCUCUUUCUCCGCCUUGUCCAGCCUCACCGGCCGCUGCUCGUUCAACUGCUCGUUCGACUGCUCGUUCAACUCCCCCCGCCCCGAAGCCGACCCUGGCCGCGGACGACUCUCCCUCGACGCGUCCGACAGGCAUGAGCGAUCUUUUGUCCCCUUCACAAGAGAACCUCACUUCAUUCCGCGGUAACCAAAAUCCUGUCGCCUCGUCAGCCCCCGCAGUUACGCGAGAUGCGCCUCCUCGUCUUCAGAUCUCGGCCACCUCCAAUACACCACAUCCAUCCAUAACGCGCUCGCCGGCCCUUCAAAACCAUACUCUCCCUCCUAGACCAGUCGAUGCUCGACCGCAACAGCAAAAGCAACAGAAACCGCGGCCGCAAAAACAGCAACGCCACCAGCCGCAGAAACAAAAGCAGAAACAGCAAUUGCAGACUCAUCUGGAGCAGCAGUCGGCUUCCCUCCCUUCCCCGGAUCCCUCCAUACCCCCUAGGCCGCAUGCUAGUCCAAUAGCUGCUGUUGAAAGAAAUGUUCCUCCUAUUGCCAGUCCAUCCGCAACUGCAUUUCCGUCGCCUCCCCUUCAGCAAGCUCCUCCGAAUCAACUGCCGGCGCGACCGAAUGGUCCCGCAGUAGGGACAUUUCCGGACUCUAUACCGACCAUUCAACAAGGAAAUCCUCAUUUGGUUCAUUCUGGAAGCCCGCGCAUCCUACAAUAUGCUCCGCCUGGCCACUCUCACCCUGCUUCUCCUGCUCCAAUCACUGCAGCUUCUCCAUCACUGCAACAGCAACCACCGAUUAGCGGAAGCCCGCCCAUCAUACAAUAUGCUCGGCCUGGCCACUCUCACCCUGCUCACCCUGCUCCAAUCACUGCAGUUUCUCCAUCACAGCAACAGCAACCGAUUACCGCCAUUCACGCACUGGCUGCCAACCGCCCUUCAGUCAUCACACCGGAUUUUUGCGUGCGCGCAAAACGUAACUUGGAAGCGUUCAUGGCGAGUGAGGGUCCAUCGUUGCUUGCUAACGAUCGGGUGGAAGCACCACGGCUUCAUCUUUUAGACCACGCGCUCACUCACCGAGACGUCGUAUAUCUUACCCUUCAUCAAGUUUACUGCCUUAGCAGCUAUGACCCGGCAGGGCUUCCGAAACUUCCCGGGUUUACUCUGGAGCAUAUGCAUGGUUUGUCUAUUAUCCGGAGUCUCCUGGUCGACAAUCAGCGAAUCGCGCCUCACAUUCUACGAUGGUGUGUUGAUUUUCCCUAUCCAUUGUCUGAGAUCUUCAAGGAUUGGCGGUAUCAGACCCAAUACCAUCAAAUGCUGCGUCUCUUGGCCAGUUUAGUGGCGGAGUGGCCUCGUUUUGAAGCACACGUACAGAGUCAAGGACAUCCACCGCUCGUGGAUGAUAUGAAAUCACUCGGCGUUAUGUCGAUUACAUUGCAGCUGAACAUCUUUUUGUGCUUAGCCCGGCGGAUUCCUGGCGCCGUGGGCGAGAGCUCGCUGCGAGCAAUUUACAUGCGAGACCAGGAUUACUUUAUGCGCAGCCUCAAGGAGCCGAUCUCCGCUGAACAGAGGCGCCGCGAGAACAUGGAAAUCGUGGCUAUGUACCGUGAGGCCAUUGCGGCGACGCAGAGGGACAGUACAGGGCCUCCUAGUGUCACUGCUCCUCACAGCGUGCCCUUUCCAGGUCAAGCUGUACCUACCCCUGUGUCUGCACUAGCGGGCCAGUCGAAUAUGCAGUAUAAUUCACCAUAUAUGCAGUCGCAUUCUGGAGCGCAAAGCCCAAACGGCAUAUCUCCGGCGUCAGUCAGAAGCCCCCUCGCUGCAGCAUCGCCCAUGCUUCCUUCACAGCCGAUUCCCCACCAAGCGGUCGCUCAACAACGUGGUGUAGAACCGCAGAUGCGUUCACCGCGGAUGAUACCAUCCGUCGUAACCACUACGACGCCUCAACUCAUGACGCCGCGCGAGUUACCUCCAGAGCACCCAUGUCAACAGUAUUCCCACCAGCCUCGGCCUCAAUACCCUCAGUACCCUCAGCACUCUCAGCACCCUCAUACUCAGCAACCUCAACCUCAACAGCCUCAACAUGCAGGGCCACAAAGCCCGGCACUCGCCCAAACCCCACUCCAGCAGCCUCAGCAGCCUCAGCAACCUCAGCCUCAGCCUCAGUAUCAGCAUCCUGGCUCUCAGCAUCCUCAGAACGCAGGGCCACAUAGCCCGGCACUUGCCCAGCCCCCUUUUCAGCAACUUCAGCAACCUCAGAGUCGCCGAACCUCGCAGCAUACAGGAUCACAGAGCCCAGCACUAGUUCAACCUCCACUCCACCAUGCUCAACGUUACCAGCACGCUCAGCGCCCUCCGCAGUUCCAGCAUUCUUCAGGUCACCAGCUUCCCCAACAAACAGGGAUACAGAGCCCGACGCUCGUUCAACAUCCACCUCGGCGGUCGCAGACGCUAGCAGGUCACAGCAUACCGCUCCCAACGCUACAAUAUGCGGCACAACAGCAACAGCAUUCCCGGCAGCCACAACGGCAACGCCAUCAGUUUUGGGCGCCGCUUCUGCCCCCACCCAAUGUCCCUCCGGUUAUGAACACACGGCCGAACCCUAAUCGACUUGCAAUCCAUCAGGCUCAUCUUCGCGAUCCGGUCAACAGGUUCAUUUCGAUCGAUGCCACUGGCAUGAGCGAAACGGAGCUAUUGCCGCACAUGACCUCAUUUCUCAUGCAACCAAAGAUUCUCCGCCAGGAAGACGGCCCCAUUAAAGAGGCGGUUUCAUUAUCGAACAAUGAGAUGAGAACACGCGCAUUCUAUCAAGAGCAAGAUAAGGGGGGUCGCGUGCUUCGGACAUUCAAGGAGGGCACUCAAACCUACCGCAUCAGAUGCGUCAAGGUCCCAAAAUUAACUAAUGACUUGGAUGUACAUUCCUGGUGCGUUGCUGAGACUGCGUGGCCUACCGCAAUAUACGUGCAUGUCAACAACAUGGAGCUUUUCCCGCGCCGGAAAAUCCACAAUACCAGGGAUCUCCCAUUGGACAUCACUCCAGCUCUCCUGGAAGGUGUCAAUAAGAUUGAGAUUAGCUUCAUUUUGAGUUCAGCUGAACAGAAAAACUUUACGUUCGCUGUGGCUGCCGAAGUACUCACGUUCCGCUCCCUCGCCCUUGCGAAAGCCCUCGCCCAACCUCUGCCCGCUGCUGACUCUCAAAAGCGUAUCCAUGCCAGGCUUGCACGCAACCCUGAGAAUGAUGAUGACGAGCUAAGAAUUGUUAGUGAUGAUCUGAAGGUCACCCUUGUCGAUCCGUAUACUGCACGCAUCUUUGAUGUACCUGUGCGCGGUCGUCAUUGUGAACACACCGAAUGUUUUGACCAUAAGACGUUCCUGCAGACUCGCCUUCUUAAAUCUGGAGAUCAAUCUGCCAUAGAAGCGGACUGGAAAUGCCCCAUCUGCAGCCGAGAUGCUCGUCCCCAGAAUCUCAUUAUUGACGAGUUUCUUGCCGAUGUGCGCAACCAGUUGGAGCGUAUGAAUCGGUGUGAUGGCGCCCGCUUCCUGGAGAUCAAAGCCGACGGUACUUGGGACGUAAAGAGUGACGAUGAUGUCCCUUCUUCUGAGCAGCAGCCUUCCCGCACGACUCUGAAGCGAAAGUCAAGCGCUCAUGAGAACGGCCUCCGACGGCCGAAGGUUGAUCGCUCCGCCUCUGUGCCAGAUCGCACGCCGAAUCAGUCUCCCACAGUCAUUGUCCUGGACUGA